AUGUCUUCCGACGAGGAACGCCAGAAGGCUCUCGACUCGUACCGGGCCAAGCUGCUCGAAUCCCGGGAGUGGGAAGCUAAGCUCAAGUCCCUGCGGCUCGAGAUCAAGGAUUUGCAGCGGGAGUUUGACAGAACCGAAGACAACAUUAAGGCGUUGCAGAGUGUCGGUCAGAUUAUCGGCGAGGUCCUUAAGCAGCUCGAUGACGAAAGAUUCAUCGUCAAGGCUUCCUCCGGUCCCAGAUAUGUCGUCGGAUGCAGAUCAAAGGUUGACAAGGUCAAGCUCAAGCAAGGCACGCGCGUGGCACUCGAUAUGACGACACUCACGAUCAUGCGUAUGCUUCCCCGAGAAGUCGACCCCCUCGUCUACAACAUGUCACUGGAAGACCCCGGUCAAGUCAGCUUCGCUGGUAUCGGUGGACUGAACGACCAGAUUCGCGAGCUCCGCGAGGUCAUUGAGCUGCCGCUCAAGAACCCCGAGCUCUUCCUGCGUGUGGGCAUCAAGCCGCCCAAGGGUGUUUUGCUUUACGGACCUCCUGGUACGGGAAAGACGUUGCUUGCACGUGCCGUGGCAAGCAGUCUCGAGACCAACUUUCUCAAGGUUGUUUCUUCAGCAAUUGUCGACAAGUACAUCGGAGAGUCUGCCCGCCUGAUUCGCGAGAUGUUCGGCUACGCCAAGGAGCACGAGCCCUGCAUUAUCUUCAUGGACGAGAUCGACGCCAUUGGUGGACGCAGAUUCUCUGAGGGAACCAGUGCGGAUCGUGAGAUCCAGAGAACGUUGAUGGAGUUGCUCAACCAGCUGGACGGUUUCGACUACCUCGGAAAGACCAAAAUCAUCAUGGCCACGAACAGACCUGAUACCCUCGAUCCCGCGCUGCUUCGUGCGGGACGUCUCGACCGCAAGAUUGAGAUUGCCCUGCCGAACGAGGUCGGCCGUUUGGAGAUUCUCAAGAUCCAUGCCCAGGGCGUGGUGACGGAGGGUGAGAUUGACUUCGAGAGCGUGGUGAAGAUGAGCGAUGGUCUUAAUGGUGCGGAUUUGAGAAACGUCGUGACAGAAGCUGGUCUGUUUGCCAUCAAGGAUUACCGCGACGCAAUCAACCAGGACGACUUCAACAAGGCAGUACGCAAGGUCGCCGAGUCGAAGAAGCUGGAGGGCAAGCUAGAGUACCAGAAGUUGUAA